GCGCAAAGUCCAGACUAAAGUCGUUUGCUGCGUCUCAUUACCCAACCCUGCGAUCCUGAUUGCGAUCUAUCCUUUUCCGAAUCUACGCGCUUUGCCACCAAGACUACUUAUUGCGCCAAUUGAGACGAAAAAAACACAACAUUAGAGCGGUCCGCAUUCAAGCGACAUCGACGACUCGAAUCUGAACGCACGGGGCGAGCAUCCAAAGCGGCUGGUCAGAAGGCAGACACAAACAACUCGUACACGCCACGCAGGACGACAAAGUUUGCUGUUUGCAAAGCCUCAAAGGCUUGCUGCGUGUUUUGAAACACUGACUGCAUGUCAUAGAAUCCCUCGGAUGGUCGCCCUUCGGGGGAAUUGUGCGGAGACAGAUGGCUGGGCCAUCGCCUAUGUUAGGCACUUCUGCUUCUGCCACUCCCACCAACAACCCGAAAUCCUUCAUCUCCCAGGCCUCCCAGGCGAAUGUCAACCCGUCCCGGCCGAGUCUCGAACGCGAUGCCCUCCAACCGCCCCAAGCCGCCCCUAACGGCGGUGGCGCCAGCUACCGGAGCAACCUCGCUCCGUCAGCCCUUGGCAGCUUUGCCCCGCGCGGCUCCUCCUUGAACCCUCCACAGGCUCCCGGAAGCUUCAGCUCGGAGUUGCGCAGUCAAGCUGGGAUCUCGCGCAUAGCCUCCAGGGUCGAUGCGUACGGCAUCGCAGACUCCACUAGGCUGGAUAGGCUGGACGAAGAUGGAGACGCCUGGAACGAAAAGACCCUGGCGGCGCUUAAAGAGGCGCUCAAGAGGGAGGUCAAGAUCAAGGAGGGCAGCGAGAACAUGCUGGAGGCCCUGAACAGCAAGAAGGCGAAACAAGCACGAGACCAACGCCUGAGGGUCGAGGCCGAGCUCAAGGCGUCCAACCAGAGGAUCAGAGACCUUCACGACAAGAUUGCCGAGGCGGAGUCAAUGCGUACGGGACCACUGACUCCCAGCAGACAACGACCCGACGUCUUCUUUCAGAGCAGCUCCGGCCUGCGCUCACCACGGAGCCCGUCGAGAAGUGGAGCUGGAUCAGACUUUGACGAGCCGACCGAGUCACCCACCUUUGCACUGGCCGAGAUUCUACAGUCACUCGAGGUCGACGGCAUGAAUCCAGCCUAUUAUGUGGCUCGCGCAAACAAUCUUGUGGAUCUCUUUAAGAGGCAUCCUGCUCUGAAAUAUGAUCUGGUAUGGUCAGUGUUCGGGGUCAGGAUGCAGGCCAUGCUUCUCAGCGACAGUAGGGAAGUAGUUGCCGCCGGUUAUAGAAUGAUGAGAUAUGCGAUAUCGGAUGUAUCCUCACUCAAGAAGAUACGCACACUCAACACAGAUUACAUCGUUGUACACUCUCUUGUCAAAGAUCGCAAAGCAGAUCUGGAACGCGAACAGGCCCUCAAAUUUGUCCGCGCAUUCUUGGAUGUUAAGAACGGCGUGUGCGAGAUCUCGAGGGCCAUUGUUCGAACGAUUGUGUCGGUUGCAGAUCAGCCCGAGGACAAGCUUCGUGCAAUAUGCAUCGAGACCUUGGCAGAAAUUCUUGUCAAGGACCCCCGGCUUCUGAUCAGUUGUGGAGGCAUAUCGUCUCUCUCUGAGGCCAUGAGCGACGGUUCCUACAAGGCACCAGAAAGCUUGGCCAAUGUGCUACUUUACUUGCUAGACUCGCCACACAAACGCAAAUAUCUAAGGCCUGGCUACUCUCUCGAGAUUCUCUUCACAGUUUUUACCGACCAGUACGUGUCGAACGAGAAGAUCCUGAGACAGAACUCGAAAGCUAUUGCUACUGCUAUCAAGAGCUGGUCUGGGCUGUUGGCUCUUUCAAUGUAUGACUUCCGUGCCGUUAGGUCUUUGGUUGGGAGUCUACUAUUACCUUGUGAGCCAAUACGCGAGGCGGUCGUCGAGCUCCUGUACUCGCUCCUGCGCAUCAAGUCACCGGCGUGGGCGAGCUCCUUUUUGGCCGGACGAAGGCUGACUACUUAUGGGAGAGUCGCCAACUUGCAUUCGGCUCCUGCUAAGGGGACGUCUGCUGGUUAUGUUGAGGAUGAUUCCGGCGAGCAGAACUUUGUGGAGCACUACACUGCAUUGCUGCUCGCAGUCUUUGUUAAGAAUGGACUCUUGACUGCAUUACUACGCCUCAUCAAGGAUGCCGAGAACGCGACGCUCAAACGGAAAGCCACACUACUGAUAGGAGAAGUCCUGAGGCUUUCGAGCCGCCUACUCCCGCUUGAAUGGAGCAGCGAGCUGCAAUUACUUCCGGAGCUUUUUACGGCAGCGACGCGAUUCGGAGAGGAAGACCGCUUUAUUGCAACAGGGAUCGUAUACCAAAUCAGCAGUAUAAGCAAAACACUUUAUCGAUCAUCUCCUACAACCUGGUCGUCGUCUAUGCCAACCAACAUGGACAUGGCUCUGGCUGCCGAGGAGCAGCCAAGAGGCAGUGCUGCCACCAAUCUUGACGACGCCUCUUUCCGACAACUCCUUAUUGAGUCGGCAGUGCUCAGCCACAGCAACUACAACAAGUGGAGGUGGGACAUUGUCUUGAAGAUCAUAGAAGGUCCUCUGACAAGCGGAAAGAGGCUGGAAGAAGCCCUCAAAGCCUCCAAAUUCGUCAAGCGCGUGGUCAACUUUUACCGCCCGUUCAAGUACAAGUUCUCGGACGUACCUAAUACAAGGAACACACAAAGAUACAUCAGAACCGGCUGUGCUUUGCUGCACACACUCCUGCAAACCCCCGAGGGCGUCCGCUACCUGAUGGACAGCAAACUUUUGAGGCAAAUCGCCGAGUGCUUGGCGCAAUGCGAUCCUGCCAGCGGGAUAUCUGCUCAGUUCAUUGUCUUUUCCAAGGACAGCUUGUCGAAUACGCUGCGUGGGGGCUACAUUACGAUGCUUGGUGUCUUGAGUGGCGACCCCAAGGGGCUUCAGAUGUUAGAUCGGUGGCGUAUUUUUAACAUGAUGUACCACAUCAUUUCUCUGAACCAGAGGCCAGACCUCAUCAAGCUACUCCUGUCAAAUCUAGACUACAGUCUCCAGGGACACCCGCGAGUGAUGUUGUCCAAGGCUUUGACUGCAGGAAGCAAAGACACGAGGAUCCACGCCACAAAUAUUCUCAGGCAGUACACGGCGCCACCCAAGUCUUCGGCAAUCUACUCGCAGCAGCUCUCACAGCCCAUGCAAGAUUCCAAGUGGGCCAUCCAACUGUUGGUAACGCAGCUGUACGACCCCGACGUCGAAGUCUGCUCGACGGCUGUAAAGAUUCUCGAGAAGGCAUGCAACACCAAGGAACACCUGGAGUACCUGGUAGAGUGUCGGCCAGCACUUGACCAUCUAGGAGAAAUUGGCGCCCCGCUGUUGCUGCGCUUUCUGUCAAGUUCUAUCGGCUACCACUAUCUCGACGGCCUCGACUAUAUCAGCAACGAGAUGGACGACUGGUUCCUCGGCCGCAACGACUCAUACGUAGCUCUCAUUGAGGCGAGCCUCGGCCGCGCCUUUCUGGAGAACGCAGACGACCAGACAGGACGGAUGAGUGUUCUGGGCGAGCCUGAUGCCUACUCGGACGCUCAUAUCCCGCCGCACUUCUAUCGCGAACUGACGCGAACCCGAGAAGGCUGCAAGCUUCUGGCAGACAAGGGUCACUUCAACGAGUUCGUCUCAACGAUCCACGACUACGGGAUGCUGUCGGACGAUGCAGAGCUCAUGGUCAAGGUCAAGGGCUGUCUGUGGGCCAUCGGUAAUGUCGGCUCCAUGGAGUUGGGUGCCCCUUUUCUCGAAAGCUGCGAUGUCGUUCAAGACAUUGUGAGGAUCGCCCAAGAACACGAGGUCAUGAGCCUGAGGGGAACAGCCUUUUUUGUCCUGGGGCUAAUCUCGAGGUCAGUUCACGGUCUCGAGAUACUUUCAGAACAGGGCUGGGUCUCCAACACAAACGCGAUGGGUGCAUCGUUGGGAUUCUGCCUCCCGAAGGACUUGACCAAGUUCUUUUCCGUAAAGCCCUGGCAGCACGAGAAGCCUACCUCAAUCGUCCUCCUCAGUACCCAAAAGACUUUGGCAGCAGAACCCCCAGUCAUUGCAACGCGGCCUCGUUCCGAGUCGUUGAUGAGCGCGAUCGGCAGUGAAGCGGAGCAGGAAGCCAGGUUGGAACUUGACCCAGACCCGACGAACCAACGCAUCCUAGAACUGGUCAUGGAACUGGGCAACGUGGUUCUGUGGAAAAAGUCGAUGCAAUCUCUGCACCAGCUCAGGUACCAGAAGAAAGCACCCGGUUUCCGACAACCGCGGCUGUUUCUCAAGGUCAUGUCCUUGCUUGAAAACCACCACUACAAACUGCAGGCCCGCGCCGUGGUUGACCUAUUCGACAAGGACGUGCUGAGGCGGGUCGUGUUUGAGGAAGACGAGGCAGACGAGGACAAAGGUGGUGAUGAUACGAUUGAGGAUGAUGAAGAUGAAGACGAAGAAGAGGACGACGAGGACGAUGACGAUAGUGUCGAGGAAAGCUCGGGCGACGAACAAAGAACAGAGAGGCAGAGGAGCGUUAGUGACCCUUCAGUACCGGCUGGGCAGUGAGAUGCUCUCUGGUUAACACUAUCUGAUUAUUAUCUUGGGACUCCCUUUUUUAUUUUUUAUUUUCUGGUCGCUACCUAUAUAUAUCGCAGGGGGUUGGUUUAUGCUCUACUCUUGGAAACUUGGAGAAAAAAAAACUAUUGGCAUUUACAGGCAUUAGGACCCGGGUGUUUACCGGUGGCAAACUAUUUGAUUAUCUUUUCAUAUUUGAUGUUUGGGUGCCCCCUGUCUAUCUUGCUAUUUAUUUUCCUACCAUAUACCUUGUACUGAUUUUUUUUUUCCUUCUUUGGGGGUGGCGGUCGGAUGGGAUACGUGGAAAAGAGGUUAUUAUGGGGGGAGGGUUUGGUGUGUGGUUCUGCAUGGCAUUUCUCGUCUUUACAAGCGGGCGUGUUGAUAGUGGACAGGCGCAAUAACAGCUGUGUCUUGGGUGGUUGAUACAAUGUAAGAUUUUGAUAACAGACCAAUUUUUAUUUUACUGUGAAAAUUCCAUAACACGUUUUGCCAAAUUGCCUGCCUAGGUGAUUUGAGUGGUGUUUUUAUUGCUUGGGACGUUUAGUCACACAUAAACUUGCC